AUGGCAUCGGCCAGUGAGAAGUUGCCUCCAGGUAUGUUAUGCAAAUUUUUGUUUUAAUUGUGGGUUUAGGCACCCAAUGUGUGGUUUGUGACGAUCUGGCGACUGGAAGACAUUAUGAUGUCCCUAGCUGCAACGGAUGCAAGACAUUUUUCCGGCGCGCUAUCGUUGUAAGUUGUUUUAUAUUGUUGUAGACGUUCAAAGUAACUUUUCGUACGUGCGUAUAAAAAUACGUUAUUUAUGAAUAUUAAAUCUCUGGCGUAGUUUAAAUUAACUUUGUAGGUAAUUGAUCUUUAUUAAUUAAGAAUUUUAUAUCUUUAUUGUUAUACAAGCGUUACUUUGGCAAUAAUCCAUUAACUUGUUUAACAAUAUUAACUAUUUCAGAACAACAGGACCUUUAACUGUAUGGGCACAGGUAAUUGUCCUGUUAACAAAGGCGUGAGAUGUGCUUGCCGUUACUGUCGAUUUCAGAAAUGUCUUCAGGUUGGGAUGAAUCGAAAUGGUAUGAAUUUAUAUUUUUGUUACUUAAUUAUGUUAAAAAGGAAUUUAAUAUCAAUCGUGUUUUCCGAUUUGCAGGAUAUUAAAAGGCCAAUUUGUAAACACAUUCAGUUUUAUGUUUUUGUUCACAGUUUAAUUUGCAGCGAUUCAAAAUAAUCGAGAUCGCAUUGGCUACACGAAAAGGACCAGACAGAAGGAUAAGAAGAAUGGAAAAGGCACUCGAGCUCCGUCGCCAAAGUCAGAUGACUCUCCGAGCGAAUUGGAUGAAGAUACCAUCGUUUUUGGUGCUGUAUCGUGUGAAUCUACAUUUGAACCGUGUAGUUCUUCACGAGCUUUUGUAUGUUUGUAUAUUUGUACUUUUUAGGUAUGAAUUCAUUGUUUUGGGUAAAAUACGUAUUUAGUCUUUGAAUUCAAAGAAUUAAUUGUAUACAAUCACUAUUUUGAAUAUAAGAAAUACUUAAUUUAUUUUAGAAUGACAGUGAGCCAAUGUUGGAAAGACUUGCCAACUUAGAAAAUAGUUUUUCUUUGCUUUUGAGUCGUGCAAAUCUGCAUCCAUAUGGCUCUCUAGACGAAGCACUAGCUGCUCCAAGUGUUUUCAGUCAGCCGAUCAAUGUAAAGUUGAGUGAUCCCAUUGCAGCACCAUUGCCAGGCACAGGUCAACACAGAAUGCCAUUUUGGAGAUCAAGGAUCAUCACAUUGUACAUUGAUUGGGCUAAAACAUUCACGGCGUUCAGGAAGUUACCCAUGUCAGAUAAAGUGAGUUUUAAAGACAAUUUGGCCAAAAGGGUUUAAAAAAAUUAUUUCGACUUAAUUUUACUAUAUUUUGGAUUAGAAUAACGUGGAUUUAUUCCUACAUUUGUGACAAUUUUAUAUCUUGGCAUUAUAAAACUACAAAAAAGUUUCACCUACAAUUUGUGAUUUGUAGAUAAAGUUGUUUAUUUUCAGAUAGCGUUGAUAACGAACCAUGCCAGCUCAUAUAUGAUAAUGUGUGAAGCAUUCAGAACUCCAGAGAAAAUCAACGACGAUUUUGUGAAGUCGACACACUAUUUUGGAGGUGUUUCUCCGUCUACCGGCGCCCUUUAUAAGUACGUUUGUUUUAAGUUGGGCAGCUUUUUUAAUUCUGUUUUCGAUUUUUUAAUACACCAAAUUGGCGUUAGAACAUGUGUGUGGUACAACCCCAGGGUCUUACUAACUAGAUUUAAAUAUGUAGCAUCCAAUUAUAAAUAACAACUUUCAGCUCUCCCGUACACUCGAAUGGCCCUCCAACGUCGAGUAGCGAGGCAUCUGAACCCAGCUCAAACAAUUCAGACAGCCGAGACAUGGUGCAUCAGAUAUUCGACCCCGAGCUAAUACAGUCUGGUACUGUUUGUGGGCCUUCUGGAGUGAGAAGUCUGGUGGAUGUGCCUCCAGAUGCUCAUUAUCCCACGGUGGGAAGUCUGAGUGGUCUGGCUCCGGUGAUGUCAGUGAUGAUAGACUAUGUAAUGAAGCCUUUCCGAAAACUAAACAUCUCUACCACCGAGUUUGCGACGUUACAAGCCAUUAUGUUCUUUGAUCCUGGUACGUAUGAUGUAUUAAUAUGGUAUUUCAGUUAUUCAUGGUGACAUGUGUUUGGUAAUAUGACUUAUUUAGUGUGGGAACCUUGUUUUUAUUAAAUGUAGGAUACGUUUUAAUUUAUGCUGUUAUUGUUACAGAUACGGAAGGACUUGAUUCUGCGAGCCAGAGGAACAUUGCUGCCGAACAGAAAAAGUUUUUGGAAGCAUUGUUCAAUCACAUAUCCAAGAAUUACGACGCCACCAGUGCUUCCGAGAGAUACGCUAGUAUAAUUCUUCGAAUUCCAACGAUACGGGUAAGAGUUGAAAAAAUGGCAGAGGUCCUCUAAUGUCUGCCAAUCCUUCAUUAAAUUUGUCUAUUACAAUAUCUCUAACAUCGUUAUUUACAGAAAGUCGCUGCCAAAAAGAACGAAUCUCUGCAAAUAAUCGACAUGUUCAACCUAUUCUCUUUGAACUCGUUGGUGAAAGAGACCGCCUUGGGUAUCAGACAGUCAACACCGGACUCGAGGGUGCGAGUCAAGGAAGAAGCGAUGGAUUGCAUUUAG